UCAGAGGCUGCUGCUCUGCUCCACUCUCAGCUCCUGAGGGCACAGCCAAGGCAUGGAGGGGCUGUGGUUGCAUGGUGUUCUGCUGAUCUUCCUGCUGCCCUGCCCUGUGGGGAGCCAGAGCAGCUCCAUCCCUGACCAGCGAUGGUGGACAGACCCCAGUGAGGCCCCAUCCCAGCACCAAGCUGCCAGGGCCACACAGGAGCAGAAGACUGAUGGUGCCCAGGAGGGGCUGCCCCCACAGCCCCGCUGUGUCCGCUGCUGCCCCCCACCUGAAAAGCGCUUCUACCCCCAGUACCAGCCCAUGCCUCAGAUCAACAUGACCAUCCUGAAAGGAGAGAAGGGGGACCGUGGUGAGCGUGGCAUGCAGGGAAAGUUCGGCAAGACGGGGGUGGCCGGCAGCAGGGGCCACGCAGGGCCCAAGGGACAGAAGGGCAGCAUGGGCGCCCCGGGGGAGCGCUGCAAGAGCCACUACGCUGCCUUCUCCGUGGGCCGCAAGAAACCCCUGCACAGCAACGACUACUACCAGACCCUCAUCUUCGACACGGAGUUUGUCAACCUCUACGACCACUUCAACAUGUUCACGGGCAAGUUUUACUGCUACAUCCCCGGGAUCUACUACUUCAGCCUCAACGUGCACACCUGGAACCAGAAGGAGACGUACCUGCACAUCAUGCGCAAUGGGGCGGAGGUGGUGAUCCUGUACGCCCAGGUGAGCGACCGCAGCAUCAUGCAGAGCCAGAGCGUCAUGCUGGAGCUGAAGGAGCAGGAUGAGGUCUGGGUGCGGCUCUACAAGGGUGAGCGUGAGAACGCCAUCUUCAGUGAUGAGUACGACACUUACAUCACCUUCAGUGGCCACCUCAUCAAGUACAGCGGGGACCCCUGAGCACCAGGCCCUUCCCACGCCUCCUGUGCCAGGCCAGGUGGCCAAGGAACCCCUGUCCCUCUCAUCCCAGGAGUGCCACCCCCAUUAUGCUGUUAGUCACCCUAGUGCCACUACCCCCAGCAGCCGCACCAGUGUGUGAAUUCCCUCACUGUGGCGCCUCAAGGCCAACCAGACACACCUGGAAGAGUUGGAGCAGUUUCAAGCCCCUGCCACGUUAGUGACCAGGAAGCAGCUGCUCACCUGGGGUGGGCAUGGAGCUCACCUGGGGCGGGCAGGGAGUUCACCCGCUCUCCCCACUCCAGAGCUGGGUUUGCCAGGCACAGCCUUGCUGAGCUGGCACCAAUGGAGCGGUGUGACUGCUGGUGCAGACACUCACACCGUGUUCCUCCUUGUGCCAGUGGUGCUCAGCACCAUCUGGAAAGGCAAUAAACCACUAAGGGCCCUUUCCUGCCACACUGCAGGUGUUGCAGUGGGGGCUGGGUACCCCUGUGGGGAGGGAAUUGUGUCACUUCCCUCUACGGGUUCCGUCACCGCUCACCACAGCCUCUGCUCAGGAAGGGCUCUCUCCCCACCAGCAGCCCUGGGCGUGGGGCCUUUGGCCUCAGCCACUUCCUCUUCCCUUUGGUUAUCUGCUGGCCAGGCUUCAUGUUUGUGUAGAUGCAGCAGUAGCAUAGGCCAGCCUGCUGACCCCCCAUUCAGCUCAUGCCACAUUAAACACCUCACAUUUCCAGCC